AUGGCCGUGGGCGCGGCGAGCAGGCGGUACAUCGGGCCCCUGCUGUGCAUCAACCUCGUCAUGCACGCGGCCGUCCUCGGCAUCGCCGGCUGGUCGCUCAACAAGUUCAUCGACCGCGAGACGCACCGCCAUCUAGGAGGCAACACGGCGACGGGGUACCUGCUCGUCUUCUCGCUCAUGGCCGGGGUGGUCGGCGCCUGCUCGGUGCUCCCCGCCCUGCUCCACGUCAGGGCGCCCUGGCGCAGCGAGAGCCUCGCCGCCGCCGCCUCCACCGUGCUCGUCUCCUGGGCGCUCACCGCCCUCGCCUUCGGCCUCGCGUGCAAGCACAUCACUCUAGGGAACCGAGGAAGGCGCCUGAGGACGUUGGAGGCGUUCAUCACGAUCUCGACGCUGACGCAGCUCUUCUACCUGCUUCUGCUCCACGCCGGCGCCUUGAGCGGGGUGCAUGGAGUUGGACAGGCCUGCGGGAGCCACGGCGAAGCCUGCUGCCGCGAGAUCCCUCGGGGAGAGCUCGCCGCGGACCAUAAGACGGCGGGAGGGGUUCCGUCCCCGGAUGCAUGA